UUUAUUGGCUCUUCUUCUGUGAUUCCUUUCUUUGAACUUUACUCAAAGCCUUUUUUUAUUUUUUUCUCUCAACUUUCUUCGUCGCUUUCUCUCUACAUUGCUUACAAUUUCACUCUGUUUCGCUUCCAGAACACAUGGAACUCUAUGUUUUAACCGUCAUCUUCUUCACAGGUUUGUCAAUGGAAUAUUGGAGUCUUGUGUAGCGAAUAUUGAAUUGCAAACGAGGAGAUGAGUGGGGAAUCAUCUGGAUUGAUAAUUGGGAUUUCCAUAGGUGUGAUGAUCGGUGUGCUUUUGGCUAUUCUGGCGUUCUUAUGUGUUUGGUACCAUAGGAUAGGGGCUAGCAGCUCGGGGGCAGCUAGUAUUCCCAUCAGAGAAAAUGGUGUUGAUUCAUGUACUAUACUGUCAGACUCAACUCUUGGUUCCGAAUCACCAACAAAAUCUGGACGCAAUGGCAUGUCGUUCUGGCUUGACGGAUUCAAGAAAAGUAAUGGGGUCUCCAUGUCAGGGAUACUAGUGUAUCCAUACAAGGAUCUGCAAAAGGCGACUGGCAAUUUUACAACCUUAAUAGGAGAAGGUGCAUUUGGUCCAGUUUACAAAGCUCAGAUGUCAACUGGUGAGACUCUAGCUGUUAAAGUUCUUGCAAUGGAUUCUAAGCAAGGGGAGAAAGAGUUUCAGACAGAGGUUAUGCUGUUGGGAAGGUUGCAUCAUAGAAACCUUGUGAAUUUGGUUGGAUACUGUGCAGAAAAGGGUCAACAUAUGCUUAUAUAUGUCUACAUGAGUAAAGGCAGCUUGGCUUUUCAUCUGUACAAUGAAAGUUAUGAACCCUUAGACUGGGAUGUGAGGGUCCAUAUUGCUUUAGAUGUUGCAAGGGGCCUGGAGUAUCUUCACGACGGGGCGGUUCCUCCUGUAAUUCACAGGGACAUAAAAUCUUCCAACAUCCUGUUGGAUCAUUCUAUGAGAGCAAGGGUAUCUGACUUUGGACUUUCAAGAGAGGAGAUGGUAGACAAACAUGCUGCUAUACGAGGAACGUUUGGAUAUCUUGAUCCGGAAUAUAUUUCUACGAGAACCUUCACUAAGAAAAGUGAUGUUUACAGUUUUGGCGUUUUGCUUUUUGAACUUAUAGCUGGUAGAAAUCCUCAGCAGGGUCUCAUGGAGUACAUUGAGCUUGCAGCAAUGAACACCGAGGGGAAACUCGGGUGGGAAGAACUCGUGGAUGCUUGUCUUGAUGGAAAUUUUGAUGUACAAGAGCUCAAUGAAGUCGCUGCUCUUGCAUACAAAUGCAUCGGCCGUUCCCCAAGAAAACGACCAUCGAUGAGGGACAUCGUGCAAGUGUUAUCGCGGGUGGUUAAAUCAAGGCACAACAAAAAGCAUCACAAGAAAUCCCUAUCUGCCACAACAGAUGAAGUUUCCAUUGAUAUGACUCCAGUCUCUGAACAUCGAAGAGAAGAAUCUACAGAAAGUAGUGAUACAUAUCAAGUCUAGAUGAUGAGGUUUCCCAUUUAUUCAUUUUUCACAUCUUUAUUUUGGUUCUGGUUUGCUUUGUUAAUUGUACAUACCUGAGCUUCAAAGGGAUAUCUUUUUUGCCAGCAGACUUAGCUCUUUGUAAUAUUGCUGUAAUAAUACUUAUUAUUAUAAGCGGGA